AAUAACAAGAUAUGUAAAAUGUAUAAGUAUGUACAAAAAAUUUAAAAUGUACUUUACUGUGUGUGUGUUAUUAUUUCAAACAAGUACAAAACCAAAUAUCGUUAUCGUACCUCGGAUCGUUGUUUACGAAAACUACAUGUGUGGUCUUUAGUAGUUUAUGAUAUCUACGCAUGUCCUCAGAAUACCGUCGCGGCUUUUUGAGAAACAACAAUUCGCACAGACCGCGAGUUAGUUUAAUAAUGUCUUUACCGCACUCUAUGUUAUCGGUAGGCAAGAAAUGUACUUCCUUCGAACCAAGGACCCAUUUAUUCCUGCUUUUACGCACACCAUAAGUCGUAUCGCUUGUUCCAGACGCAUAAGAGGCUAGGUAUUCGUUCGCUAGCGGCCCGAGUUCGGGUCAUGUGUCCCGUACUUUCUUCCUGAGAAAUCGGCAAUGCUGUGCGUCUUUCGCUGUAGAAUCCGCGCUAGAAGUAGUGUCGUUUUCAAGACCACGCUUACGUUUCACUGCGGGCAUAGACUGUAGCUCUUCCUCCUUAAUUUUUAUUUUAACAGGUUUUACGUCUUCGUCCCUCCUGGAUAUCAAACUAUCCAGUCGUGUACUUAGGGCCGGUUUCACCAGUCGAGUUGAAAAUCCCGAUGAUGUUAUCGAGAUAAAAAGUUAAUCUUCCAUUUCUAUCUCGAUAAAGUUAUAUGUGUUUCACCACAUAUUAUCUUUCUCUGAGAAAAUAGAGAUAAGUUUAACUCGAUCUUCUGAAAUUAUCGCGAUUUUCUGUUUGUAAACACCUUUCGUUAUCAAAGUUUGGCUAGAAAUUUCGUAGGCUACUAUGGCGAGCCAAGGCUGUAAUUUGUCAAAGAAGCAGAGAAAUAAAAAUACAUCGCAGCAGGAGAAAUACAUUCUUUUAGAUUUAGUAACUGAACAUUUCAAUAUCAUUGAAAAUAAAAAAACAGAUGGUGUUUCACAGCAACAAAAAAUGAAGCAGUGGCAAAUACUUGCAGAUACUUUCAAUUGUAUGUCUGGAGAACAUCACAGGACUGCAGAAAAUUUAAAAGCGGUGUGGGAGAAUCUCAAAAAGCACACGCGAAAGACUUCUGCUGAUCAACGAGUUCAAGUAUUAACUGGAACAGGUGGAGGUCCUUCAAAAACAGUUAGUAAGGAUCCCAUUUGUGAGAGAGUGCAGAGCCUAAUCAAACCGACUAUCGAUGGUGCCAAGAAUCCCUUCGAUUCAGAUUCAGAUGCAAUAAUAUUACCAUUUGAUGCAUCAAAUAGGCCUACUGAUGAGGAUGACAGCAUUCAACUGGAUGUCGGAGCAGAAGUGGAUGUUUCUUUCGUGGAGACGGCAGAGACAGUAACUCUUCCAAAUGGCGACUGGACGCAUUAUACUCCAGCCAUGCUCAGCAGUCCUGUGUGUUCUGCCCUUCGACACUCCAAUAACAACUCGGCUAUCACAAACACAGUGCAGACCAAUACUACUGAUUCAUGCAGUGCAAGUAGUGGGAAGGCAAUGCCUCCUAGCAGUAGGGGAAAUGCUUCAGUGCAAUCUCCCUUUACUAGCAAGCGGCGACCAACCCCGGCCACCAAAGUGAAAGAAGUAAGUGCUGUCAAUGCAGCAAAAAUCGAACUAAUUGAACUUGCAAAAAAACAUGCAAUCGAGGAAAAAGAAGUUAUGAAAGAAAUCUGGGAACUGCGGUUACAACAAGAACGAGAAAAAGUAAAGCAGGAAAAGCUGCAAACUGAACUUUUAUCUUUACAAAUCUUGAAAAUAAAGAAAGAACUAGAACAUUUGCAGUAAUUUAAUUGUUCUUAUGUAUUAAACAUUUGCUCAACUAUCAUGACAUAAUUGUUAUAUAUUACAUGUAUAUUUACAAAGUGAUAUUCAUUGUGCCUAUUAACAAACAGUUUCAAGUACAAAUGUUAAGAAUUAUAUAAAAGAUAAUACAUGUUCGCUUAUGUCACAUUAUUUUGUAUGAUCUAAGCAGUUGUACAAUGCAAAUGUAUUAAAAUAUUCCAUACAUCUUGCUAUAUGUAGUUAUUUUCACCAGCAAAUCUUCAAGUUGAUGGCAUCUCUGUGUGACAUAUAGAUCAGUAUGACCUACAACAAACUGAAAAUACACAGAGUGAUAAAUAAUCGUAUCUUAAAUAAGUAUUACAACACACACACAUAUAUAGGUAUUUAAUUAUAGGUAUAUGUAAAUUUCAUUUACCUCCUGAAAUAGUUUUCAAUCAGUAAAUGCCUGACACUGUCAUAUCUGGGCCUUCUGUUUGCAUUUUCGUUGUUCUGCUGUACAUUUCCUUCCUCAAGCAACUGUUGCCAAGGGAGGUGGAGAUUGAGGUUAGGGUCGUCUGGAGGGAGUUCUUCCCCAGUUUGUCGCAGGAUAUUAUGCAGCACCCCAGUCGCUACAAUGAUGGCAAACGAAUGUUCUAAUGACACUCUCAAUCCUAAAGAUAAGACUGGGAAACGUCGCUUCCAGCAACCGAAUGUUCGCUCUACAGGAUUUCUUGACCUAAUUUGCGACUCAUUAAAUAGGUGUUCCUGUGGACUUCUGGGAUUAUCUAAUGGAGGCAUUAGAUAUGACCUACAAGCAUAGCCCGCAUCAACAAGUAGUACAGAAUCACCAUACUCCCCUCUCUCAAAACAUGCCCUUCUGUUGCUAUUGUUGAAUAUGGUACUAUCAUGUGAGGAACCAGGCCAUCGUGCAACAAUAUCUGUAAUUUCCAAUUUUGUAUUACAAAUUACUUGCACAUUCACAGAGAAGUAACCUUUUCUGUUACGGUAGAAUUCUGCAUUGUUUCCACCUGCAACAAACAUAAAACAAGCUUGUAUGUGGAUUGCAAUGUUUAAUAAAAAGGUAGCAUAAAAUCAGUGUUUAAACCAACCUGGUGACUGGAUUUUUACAUGAGUGCAAUCCAUAGCACCAAUAGCCCUGGGAAAUUUAGCAAUUGCAUAGAAAUCCCUUUGUGCUAAAUUCAGUUCUUCCAUCGUCUCUGGGAAUUUAAUGAACUGCAGUCGAAGAGAUGCAAUUGCGGAGCUAACCCUAUGUAUUAUUCGGUGAGCUGUGGGUUUACUAAAGCCAGCAUAAUCCCCAAUGGUUAGCUGGUUACAGCCUGUAGCAUAAAAUCGAAGUGUAGCCAGCAGUUGGUUCAUUGGCGACACUGACAUAUUCCUGUGAAAGACGAAAAAAGUAUGUUGAAGGUUGUAAUGUAAUGUUCGUAUAAAUGAGUUUUAUUUUACUUGUCUAUGAUUUCAUAUACAUAUUUAUUAUUCUACAGAAACAAUUAACAUUAGGAAAUAAUAUUAAUAUAAACUUACUUUUCGGGAAACUGUAGUUGAUUUUCUAUAAGUUCCAAAACAAACAUAGUCGACUGUUUUGAAAGGCGAAAAUGUAUUUUAAAGUCUUCUUCAUCAUACAUUUCAAAAUAAUCGCUUCUAUCUCGCAUCCAUCGUGGCCGACGAACAAUGGCAUCUUCUUCAUCACUUUCAUCUUCAAAAAUCAAAUUGUACAUGCCUCGAGCCAUUACAAUUUUUAAAAUCUCCUCUCGUCACUUCGUUUUACAAUAUUAUCUCGAUAAUAAGACUUUAACCACGAAAAUCGGUGGUUAAAAUAUUUUAUCUCGAUAACACUAAAAGAUCGAGAUAUUCGGUGUGGUGAAACGGGAUAUUCAGUUAAUCUGGAUAAUUCAUUACUUUAUCGAGAUAAUUUCGCUUGGUGAAACCG